ACUGAAUACGAACUGUUUAUUUUGAAAAUACAUUUAAAAAAAGAAGAAGACGAAACGUCAAAAAGAAAAGUGAAAGACUUAUUUUUAUUUUUGUCUUGUUACUUUUUGGAUUGUUGUCAAACAGUGACAUCAGCAUAAAGUGGUUUUAUGGUACUACCAUGUCUUUAAAACCAAGAAGAGUAGAUUUCAACGCCACUUGGGGUGCUAUCAGAGAAACUAUCAAAGGAGUCAUUACUCUAGAUCACGUUGCAAGAACUGUGUGGAAUGAUAGAUUUUCUGAUGUAUAUUCAAUUUGUGUGGCUCACCCUGAGCCAAUGGCAGACAGACUGUAUGCAGAAACCAAGCAAUAUCUGAUAGACCAUGUGGCAAAAUUACUAAACAAAGUCCAAGAAGAUGGAGAGCAAAAUCUGGUCAAAAACUAUUUUCACUAUUGGUCUCAGUACUCAGUUGGUAGUCAAUAUCUACACAGUUUGUAUCUUUACUUGAAUCAGCAACACAUUAAGACUCAGAAAUUAUCUGAUGCCGAAAUUAUUUAUGGCAGUUCAGAUAUUACAGGUGGUGAACAGAUGGAAAUUGGUGAACUGGCCUUGGAGGUAUGGCAAAGUGGUAUGAUUGCACCAUUGGGCCAAAGAUUGGUUAAGCUGUUAUUAGAAGCUAUAGAUCAAGACAGGUCCCAGCAACCUUUAACCAUACCCAUUGAAGCUGUUCGUGGCACCAUUAUUAGUUUUGUUGAGGUUCAGGGUUAUAGAAAGAAAGGACAGUUACAGUUGUACCAAGAACUGUUUGAAGAACCAUUUUUAGAUGCCAGUGGAGAGCAUUUCAAAAGAGAUGCUGCUAGACUUUUACAGGAAAAAGAUGUUAGUUUGUACAUGGAAAAAGUAAAGGCAAAAAUUGAAGAAGAGUUAUUCAGAGCCAGGCGGUUUUUACAUUACAGUUCUUUUCCAAAAGUAUCUCACAGGUGUGAAACACACAUGGUAGCAGAACAUUUACAAUUUUUGUACAGUGAAUGUAAUGGUAUGGUACAAAAUGAAAGGAAAAAAGAUCUCUCUAAUAUGUACGACUUACUUAAAAGUGUUCAAAAUGCAAUGGUUGUGUUAGUUGAUACAGUUCUUGAUCAUAUUAAAACACAAGGCUUGGCUGUAAGUAUUAAUGAUCUUAUUUUAUUUAGAAUUUUAAAAAACAUACCUAUACAACCUUAUGGUUUCAUAGCAGUAACAAAUUAG